UUCCCGGCAGCCCCCGCGCCGCCCUCAGCCGCCGCCGCCGCCGCUGCUCCGGUCCCGGAUCCCGCCGCGCCGAGUGAGGAAAUGCACGGGCGGCUCAAGCUCCGCCCCCCGGACUCCGCCCGGCGCCGGCAGCGGGAGGAGAAACUGAGGCACUACCGGGAGGCCAUGGACACCUUACUGGGGGGGGCGCCGCCCGCCCAGGUGCUCUCCCUGACGGGCUCGGUCCUGGCCGCCAAUCCCGACGUGGGCACCUGCUGGAACCUGCGCCGGCGGGCACUGGGAGCACUGGGAGGCGACUGGGUGCCCUCGGAGCUGUCGUUCGUGGGGCAGUGCCUGGGCGUCAACCCCAAAUCCUACGGGGCGUGGCACCACCGGGGCUGGGUGCUGCGCCACGCCCCGGCGCCCCCUGCUGGCCGGGAGGACCUGGCGCUGUGCGAGCGCCUCCUGGCGGCCGACCCCCGCAACUUCCACGCCUGGGAGCACCGGCGGGCUCUGGUGGCCGGGCAGGACGCCGAGGCCGAGCUGGCCUUCGCCGGGGCCCUGCUGAGCCGCGACUUCUCCAACUUCUCGGCCUGGCACCACCGGCUGCGGCUGCUGGCGCCCGCCCGGGGCCGCGCGCAGGGCGAGCCCGGGGCGCUGCCCCCCGAAAGGCUGAAGGAAGAGCUGGAGCUGGUGCAGAACGCCGUCUUCACCGACCCCACGGACCAAAGCGCCUGGGUGUACCUGCGCUGCAUCCUCUCCCGAGCCUCCCCGCCGCCGAGGAUCAUCUGUGUCCAUGUCGACCGCGAGGACGCGACGCUGGCUGUCAUCUUCUCCCGGCCUGUCAAGGUGAACCCGGAGUGCCCAGAGCUAAGGGCCACCAUGGACGGCUCCGCCCUGGCCGGGCCGUGGCGCUCAGGGGAGGGGCGGCCACGCCCCAGCCACACCUGGCUCUGCGACCUCCCUGCCCCGCCCACCGAGCGCCCCGCCCACCUGGAGGUCACCUGGGCGCCUGACUCCGCCCUCCGUGAGGUGACGCUGCUGCCAGGUGAGGCUGAGGCUUGGUGGCAGGAGCCAAUCGUGGAGCGGGAGCUGUUCUGGCCGGAGCUGGGCGUGGCCGAUGCUCAGGUGCUGCAGGAUCAGGUGCAGAUGUGCCAGGAGCUGCUGGAGCUCGAGCCCCAGAGCCGCGGCUGCCUGCUGACCCUGGCCCUGCUCUGGGCCGCGCUGGAUCCCCGGGGCCGCGCCCGCCACGUCCGGGAGCACCUGCAGAGCCUGCGGGACGCUGACCCGCUGCGCUCCGGCUUCGUGGCCGACGUCCGCUCCCGCUUCGAGGCCGUGCUGGCCAUACUGGGAGCGGGGGAGGGGCUGAGCCUGGCCGCCAAGGGGCUGACGUCGCUGCCGCUGCUGGAGCGCAUGGCCGCCGUCACUCGCCUGGAGCUGGCUGGGAACGAACUGCGAGCACUGCCGGGGGAGCUGGGAGCGCUGCGGAGAGUGGAGGAACUGGAUCUCUCCGACAACCACGUGACCGAAGUGGGCGUGGCCCCGCCCCUCCCCCGCCUGCGCCUGCUGCGGCUGGACCGGAACCCGAUUGGCCACGCCCCCGCUCUCGCCCCAUUGGCUGCCUGGCCCCGCCUCGCCCGGCUGGGAUUGGCUGAGACCCCGCUGGGCUCCGCCCCCGGCGGCCCCGCCCUCCUGGCCGAGCUCCUCCCCGGCGUUGACGUCACCUUCAGCUGAUUGGCUGCUGCUGCUGCUGCUGGCCACGCCCCUUUCCCGGUGUGGCCACGCCUCCUUUCCCGUUCGGCGCGAGAGCUUCCGCGUUCGGCUCCGCCCCUUCCGGCGUUCAAUAAAGGCGUGUCCCAGUAACUUCCA